CGCCUCCACCUUUUUCUCAAUGGCCACUUGGCCUGUUGGCCAGCCUCCACCACCGCUCACCCUGGGUGACCUCUUCCGGCCAUACUACAUCGCGCCCUAUCCCUGCAACGGCUGCCCCAAGAGCCCAUUCCCACGAGACAUCUACACGAUCGCGCUGCAGCCACCGCCGCCGCGGCAGCCGCUCGCCAUGGCGCCGCAGGCCCCCUCUACCCCGCCGCUGCCUGCAGGCAUGAGGCGGCGCAGCGGUAUCUGCGGCGGCGGCGGCGUGCGCGGGGUCCGCAUGGGCUGCUUCGGCGACCCCGAGAUGAAGCAGCGGCGGCGGGUCGCGGGGUACAAAGCGUACGCGGUGGAGGGCAAGGUGAAGGCCUCCAUACGCCGGGGGAUCCGGUGGUUCAAGCGCAAAAUCUCCGGCAUCCUGAGCUUCUGACCACCACCGUCCGGCAGCGGCGUGUUCCCAAAUCCGAUCAUGAUCUUGAAAACGGCCGCUCUUUACGGCUGCAGCACUUCUACCACCGCACCACGUACUCUUUGGCGGAUUCGGGCUUGACGGUGCCCUUUCAUGGAUUGGUCAAGAAUUGUAAUUGGGUCUAUUUUGACCGAUCAAUUGUGUGUGUUUCAAAGAAAUUUUCUGGUGGAUGCAGUUAUCAUACAUAUACUUGAGUCCAGGAUGCAUGCCGCCUAGAGAUUAGGAGGUGCCAUUUUUGGUUGUUGGGAGUUCAUAAAUGUCUGGCCUGAAUGGUUACACCACGAUUGUUUAUCCUCAUGAAAUUUGGAUUGUUUAAGUCAAUCACCAAUUACUACAAGAGAUUUU